AGCUGUCACUUGCUACAUAUAAAAGUUUGUUAGAUAGCCAAUAUAGCCCUAACGUUAACGCCGUUGCUACGUUUUGCUUGGGUGCCUUGCUGCCUGGCCAACGCCUUUUUUCCUUUCCUCAUUCUCUUCAUAGCACAUCUCUACAGUAUUGGAAAUGCGUCGUAACCAGCGUCAGUGACUUCACAUCACAUGGACAAUUCUCUCUUUUUUUGAGGAUUAAAGAACUGUUCAAUGCGCAAAAUGUGCUGAUAGUUUAAUCGGUUAAAGAAUGCAGAUUCAUUCAUUUCACUGAGAGAAAAUAAAUCCAUUCGAAACCGAAUAUUUUCCCCAAGGCUUGACAAGACCGAAAUUGUUGUAUACCAGUGUAUCCUUGGGUUAUCAGAUUUCUAGAUUCAAGAUGGGUUGUACGAUCAGCGCCGAGGAUAAAGCAGCCAUGGAAAGGAGUAAAAUGAUAGAUCGUAACCUACGAGAAGCUGGGGAAAAGGCGUCAAGUGAAGUCAAACUGUUGCUCCUCGGUGCUGGUGAGUCUGGAAAGAGUACCAUAGUGAAACAGAUGAAGAUCAUCCAUGAGGAUGGAUACUCUCAGGAAGAGUGCAGCCAGUACAGGGUGGUGGUCUACAGCAACACUAUCCAGUCCAUCAUCGCUAUUAUCAGGGCAAUGGGGAGGCUGACCAUAGACUUUGAGAACUCAGCACGAUCAGAUGAUGCCCGUCAGCUCUUUGCACUGGCCAGCUCUGCAGAGGAAGGAGUCAUGACCCCUGACUUGGCAGGGAUCAUCAGUAGGCUAUGGCAGGACGGUGGUGUCCAGACGUGCUUUAACAGGUCCAGAGAGUACCAGCUCAACGACUCCGCCUCCUAUUACCUGAACGACCUGGACAGGAUAUCACAACAGAACUACAUCCCUACUCAGCAGGACGUCCUCCGGACCAGAGUGAAGACCACAGGCAUAGUGGAGACACACUUCACGUUCAAAGACUUGUACUUUAAGAUGUUCGACGUGGGCGGCCAGCGGUCCGAGAGGAAGAAGUGGAUCCACUGCUUCGAGGGAGUCACGGCCAUCAUCUUCUGUGUGGCGCUCAGUGACUAUGACCUGGUCCUGGCCGAGGACGAGGAGAUGAACCGUAUGCACGAGAGCAUGAAGCUGUUUGACUCCAUCUGCAACAACAAGUGGUUUACAUACACCUCCAUCAUCCUGUUCCUCAACAAGAAGGACCUGUUUGAGGACAAGAUCCAUAAAAGCCCACUCACCAUCUGCUACCCUGAAUACUCAGGUGAAAACACGUACAAGGAUGCCUCUGUUUAUAUCCAGUGUCAGUUUGAGGACAUGAACAAGAAGAAGGACUCCAAGGAGAUCUACACCCACUUCACCUGCGCCACCGACACCAAGAACGUGCAGUUUGUCUUCGACGCCGUCACCGACGUCAUCAUCAAGAACAACCUGAAGGAGGUGGGUCUGUACUGACACCGCUGCACCUGGCUGGAAUAUUCUGUUGUUAGAAACAUCUUGCUAUGCAUUUGCAUGGACAGUAUGAAGCCCGACUCGCUUAAAACAAGUUUGACUCUAUGAUAGUUUCCAUAAAGUGUUACUUGAAAACACUUAAACAUUAUAAACAUGAUGGACUUGCAGCGUUCCAAAUUGUUAGUUGUAGACCAACUUCAAACUGUGUCACCUGUAUGUGGAUCCGGCUUUCACCUGUCAUUAUAACUCAUUGGGGGAGGCUAGCAUCAGAGCUAGAGAAGAUAUUUGCUAGACAAAGGAAAGAGGAUGUGUCAAACCUUUUGUGGUCCUGCAGGCCUUGUAAAUUUGGCUGUCGUGGAUUUCUUUGUCUUAUCUUUCUGAUUUAUAUGCAAUGCAAAUUUAGUUAAAAUGGCACUUUCCUGACUAUUAUUUUCCAUGUAUGUAAGGGAAUACCACAGGUGUUCCCAAACCUCCAUUUCAAGCGUUGAAUCCAUUACAAGUAUUAUGUUUUCUAUGAAACUUAAAGGUGCUACACAGACAAUAUACUUGCGAAAUACUUAAGUAUUCUCUAAUCUUAACUGUGGUCCUAAAUAAAAUUUGAUUUGUUCAAACAUAAUACCAAACAAUACAAAAAGCUUUUCUGCCCUGGUCAGCCAUCUUAUUAUCCUUAGUAUUAACAAUUUGGUGCACAUUGGCUGUCAUUAUCUGUGUAUAAUAUUCUAUCUACAAAAACAAUACUCCCCUCCCACGCAGAAGGGCAGAAAUUGCUCUUUGAGUGCAACUGAGAAAGAAUGUACUUGUUACUGCUGAUCAGACCCCUACACUUUUCUCUAAAACACAAAACAACUGAGACGUAAGAUUCAACAGACAUUUACUGAUU